UACACCCAUAGAUGGGUCGGUCGGCAGAAAAAGAUUUGAAGUUCAAUUUCACGAGCUGAGAGUGAAGCCUCUCUCUCUGCUGCUCCGUUCAUUCACAGGCAACAGGGAAACCCCAGGCCUCUGCAAGCUCGUUGAAGAAGCUCCUCCGUCUGGUCUCAAGCUCCCUCCGCCGUACGCAAGGAGUUUUUGCUUCUCCUGGGGGCAUUCCCUCCUUUCCCUGAAGACAUGCUUCCCCUUUCUUUACUAAAGACUGCCCAAGGGCACCCCAUGUUGGUGGAACUGAAGAAUGGAGAGACAUACAAUGGGCAUCUGGUGAACUGUGACACUUGGAUGAACAUCCACCUUCGUGAAGUCAUCUGUACUUCUAAGGAUGGAGAUCGGUUUUGGCGGAUGCCUGAAUGUUACAUCCGUGGAAACACAAUUAAGUAUCUCCGUGUUCCUGAUGAGGUCAUUGAUAAAGUACAGGAAGAAACCAAGAGUCGGGCUGAUAGAAAACCACCUGGUGUAGGAGGGCGUGGAAGGGGAAGAGGCAGAGAGGAUGGUGCUGGUGGACGACCAGCUAAAGGAAUUGGCCGAGGACUUGAUGAUGGAGGUGCCAAAGGUGCUGGUGGAGGUCGAGGCAAGGGUGCCGUUGGUGGUAAGGGUGCUGGAAGCAGAGGUGGAGGGCGGGGAAGAGGUUAAUACGGUCGAUGCAUGCUGCAAAUCAAAUCAGGCUGGCGUUUGCUGCUUUCAAUAUGCAUUACGCUCUUUACAUUAAGUGUGUUCUCUGUAAUUUCCCCAUGUUGCUCUUUGUGAUGCAAUCUCAUCUAGUAGGAAGUGGUCUUUGGUACUCAACUCCGGUGAUACACCGUUGAAGCUUUACCGUGAUUCUUUUUUGAAGGAAUUGGACUUUUAGUGAGUUACUUGGAUUUUUUUGCCUCUUUUUACAAUUCCACCUUCCAAUGAACUAUUUAUGAUUGAA